GCAGAUUUUCAAUCGACGAGUGCCAAACAUUUACUCUGUAGGGGACGUCUCCGAAUGAAAUAAAUAAAACGGGAUUAUAUCACCACCCAGCAGCAUCAUGUUUAUCUACUAAAUGCCCGAACAAAAAAAAUAACAUAUGUGCGGUACAUGUUGAUCUUAGGCUGCUGUGCUCGGUAAAGAUAAGGCGAAACGAAAGAUUUCAAGGUUAGAAAAAGAUAAAAAUUCAACACCAGGAAGAUCCAGAUGAUGUUGACUCGGAAUUUUGUCGCAAUUUUGCGAUUCUCUCUGCUAGUCAAAUUCAUCAAUGGAGCUUCCAUCGUAGUGCUGGUCGCGAACGGAAGCGAUAUAACCAUUAAUCUGCCCGCCGAAAAUAACAACAACCGGCUGUUGAGUGUGAUUAGCGAUUCAGGAAACAAUAAUCCAUCAAUUUUCGACUGGAUCGGAGGAAAUGGAGCAAACAAAGCACCGCACGUUUCCGUCGGCGGGGUGAACCAGCAGCACAGUGCGGGACAGGGCACUAACGAAACAUCGGCUCUACUGAAGGCGUUACUAAAAGGGGAAAAUAGUCCGGCAAAUUCAACAGAUGAACCAAACGAUGCUAUUAGUGAUGAAAGCGAGGAAAAAAGUAGCUUUAUCGGUGAGCAAAGAAUCGACGCAACAACUGAAGUGGCGGAAGCUUUUACCGAGAUCAACGUGCAAGUAACUGUCGGCAGAGCCUUGGGAACCACAUUGGAAGCGAAUAACGAAACAUGGAAAAGAAAGUAUGUGACAGUCGAAAUGAAAAAUACUAAUUAAAUCGGAAACUGUGAUUCGAGUUUUUCAAA